AUGCCUAGUCUCGGAGGUCUCCUGAAGAAACGGCGGACAAAGGAUUCGCAAACCCUGUCAAAGGAGCUUGGAGCCGGUUCGUCACCCACCGCGGCCCAGACACAGACGUCACCAAACGUGGCCGACCACCAUCACCAUCACCACCACCCCCAACAGCACUCCCACCAAUCCUCCAACGGUCCGGACUCUUCUCACUCUCAGCAAUCGGCCUCCGACCAUCCCAAUCCCUCUGCAGCUUCCCACCCCACCACCGAAGGUCAACCCGCCGCCUCCAUGCAAGCCGCUGCUGUCCCGCAAGCGUCCCCGUCCGGCCAUUCUAGUCCCGGUCUGCAACACCAAGGGUCGCACCAGUCCAAUGUGGCCAGCAUUCACAAUAUAAUUCACUCCCCACAGCCGGGGGCAGCAGGACGUUCCUCCUCCGGCGCUCAUGGCGGGGCACAGCAAACCCAGCAGCGUAGCGAGACCCGGACCACCAAGGGAAAGUAUUCGCUUGAUGAUUUCACCCUCCAACGGACCCUAGGCACGGGCAGCUUCGGUCGAGUUCACCUCGUCCAGUCCAAACACAACCAUCGAUUCUAUGCGAUCAAGGUGUUGAAAAAGGCCCAGGUCGUGAAGAUGAAGCAGGUCGAACAUACGAACGAUGAGCGCCGAAUGCUGAACCGUGUACGCCACCCGUUCCUGAUCACCUUGUGGGGUACUUGGCAGGACUCGCGCAAUCUAUACAUGGUGAUGGAUUUCGUCGAGGGUGGCGAGCUCUUCAGUCUCCUGCGGAAGUCGCAGCGAUUCCCUAAUCCCGUUGCCAAAUUCUACGCGGCCGAAGUGACCCUCGCGCUGGAAUAUCUGCAUUCGCAGCAAAUCAUUUACCGUGACUUGAAGCCGGAGAACCUACUGCUCGACCGGCAUGGACACCUGAAAAUCACUGACUUCGGGUUCGCCAAGGAAGUCCCUGACAUCACCUGGACUCUGUGCGGAACUCCUGACUACCUUGCCCCGGAAGUCGUUUCGUCCAAAGGAUAUAACAAAUCGGUCGAUUGGUGGUCUCUGGGCAUCUUGAUCUUCGAAAUGCUGUGCGGUUUCACGCCGUUCUGGGACAGUGGCUCCCCAGUCAAGAUCUAUGAGAACAUUCUCCGCGGCCGGAUAAAGUACCCUCCUUAUCUCAACCCAGACGCUGUGGACCUUCUAUCGCAAUUGAUCACGGCCGAUCUCACCAAGCGUCUGGGUAACCUGCAUGGCGGGUCGGAAGACGUCAAGAACCAUCCCUGGUUCGCCGAGGUGACCUGGGAUCGCUUGGCGCGGAAGGAUAUUGAUGCUCCUUAUGUGCCACCCAUCCGUGGUGGACAGGGUGAUGCCAGCCAGUAUGAUCGGUAUCCUGAAGAGACGGAGGCCUAUGGCCUCCCCGGUGAGGAUAUGCAUGGUCACCUGUUCCCAGACUUCUGA